AUGGAUCUACUCUCCAGUGUCCGCAAAUCUGGAUCACGAGGUGGCGUCAACUUUAGCUGGGAUGAAGUCGCAAACUCUUCACAUCGCGAAAACUAUCUUGGCCACAGUCUCAAGGCCCCUGUUGGACGAUGGCAAAAGGGUCGCGACUUGAACUGGUACGCCAAAGCCGAAGACGAUGGGGUACCCGACGAGAACGGAGAAACAGAAGAGGAGCGACGUGAGAAGGCGCGAAAGGAAGAGGUGCGCAAAAUCAAGGAGGCUGAAGAGGAUGCUAUUGCAGCAGCUUUGGGCUUGCCACCGCCUGUACGAAACUCUUCAGGUGCGAACGCAGUAGAGGUUGACCCCGAAAGACGAAAAGUCGGGCCAGCAAGUGGGCCUCCUGAGGAAGAGGCUGUGAAGGAAAAGCGAGAGCGCUCGAGACGUCACGAUGGUUCUGAAAGACGGGAGAGAAGGCGACACCGCAGUCGAAGUCACGAUCGCGACCACGAUCGGGAGCGCCGCCAUCGCAGACAUAGGAGUCGAAGUCGUGACCGAGAUGCUGGCAAGGACAAGGAUGAAGAUCGACCCAGGGAGAGACGCAGAGAUAGGGACGGAGAUCGGGGCAGGGAACACGGUCAUAGACGCCAUCGCGAUAGCCAUCGAAGGGAAGACCGCGAAGGAGACGAUCGACGACGCAGAGAUGGAAGCAGAGAGCGCCGCCACUCGAGAUCUCGAGACCGACGCAGACGAAGUGCCAGCCCUAAACCUCAUCGCCGAGACUGA